AUGAUGACCCAGCGGCUGGCGCGCAUUUGCCGGCGCGGCCUCCUUCCUCGACACAGACAAUUCAGCAGGAAUGUCUUUACAAAGGACCAAAUCAAGACGGCCGAACUGCAGAAAACUUCUCACACUCCAAAUCAAGUAGUGAUGGAAGUCCCACACUCGACCGAGUCUUCGGUUAUCGACGUUCCCAGUCCGCUCUGGUACCACCGUCUACAUCCUGUCAAGGACUUUUUCACCUGGUUCAGCCAGAUACAACGACGGAGGCUGCUGGGCAUUGCGCUGGGGACAUCCUUGGCUACAUACCUCUACGGUGGCCUGCUAGCGUUCCUCUUCUUGGGCGGCCACUUCAACAAUGCCUCGAAACGGGCCUCGAUCAUGGUCAAAGUUGUCAUUCAACAAUUUUUCUUUACAUCUAUCUUCAACACAUAUUUCUUCGGCAUGCAAGCCAUGUUAUCAGGCGAAGCACCAUCAGUCAUCACUCACCGUAUUGUUUCGACCGUGCCGGAAAGCGUGGUGAGCUCGGCCAAGUUCUGGCCUGCCGUUACAGCAAUGAACUUUACCCGUGUUCCCACGCAUCUUCGAUUUACCUUCUCUGGCUUCUUUGCCGUGAUUUGGCGAACAUAUCUGUCGUAUCUGAACCGACGUGAGGAGAAGACUGGGCCUUCGGGCACGUUAGCCGACCAAGCCCGCCAGAAACUAUACGAGGACGCCCCUUCAGCUUCCGUUGCUGAUGUCUUGGAUGGUGUUGAUGGAGGCAGCUCACCGUGA